GCUGAAGAUGCAUGUACGACUACCAAAUGUGAUGCUGAACAUGCAUGUAUGACUACCAAAUGUGAUGCUGAAGAUGCAUGUACGACUACCAAAUGUGAUGCUGAAGAUGCAUGUACGACUACCAACUGUGAUGAUGAAGACGCAUGUACAACUACCAAAUGUGAUGCUGAAGAUGCAUGUACAACUACCAAAUAUGAUGCUGAAGAUGCAUGUACGACUACCAAAUGUGAUGCUGAACAAGCAUGUACGACUACCAAAUGUGAUGCUGAAGAUGCAUGUACGACUACCAAAUGUGAUGCUGAAGAUGCAUGUACGACUACCAACUGUGAUGAUGAAGACGCAUGUACAACUACCAAAUGUGAUGCUGAAGAUGCAUGUACAACUACCAAAUAUGAUGCUGAAGAUGCAUGUACGACUACCAAAUAUGAUGCUGAAGAUGCAUGUACGACUACCAAAUGUGAUGCUGAAGAUGCAUGUACGACUACCAAAUGUGAUGCUGAAGAUACAUGUACGACUACCAACUGUGAUGCUGAAGACGCAUGUACGACUACCAAAUGUGAUGCUGAAGACGCCUGUAUGACUACCAAAUGUGAUGCUGAAGACGCAUGUACUACUACCAAAUGUGAUGCUGAAGAUGCAUGUAUGACUACCAAAUGUGAUGCUGAAGACGCAUGUGCGACUACCAAAUGUUAUGCUGAAGACACAUGUACAACUAUCAAAUAUGAUGCUGAAGGCGCAGGUACAAUUACCAAAUGUCAUGCUGAAGACACAGGUACAAUUACCAAAUGUGAUGCUGAAGACGCAUGUACAACUACCAAGUGUGAUACUGAAGACGCAUGUACAACUAGCAAAUGUGAUGCUGAAGACACAUGUACAACUACCAAAAGUGAUGCUGAAGAUGCAUGUACAACUACCAAAUGUGAUGUUGAAGACACAUGUACAACUAGCUCUACAGAUUUGGGUUUUAUAGAAGGCUGUUCUGCAGCCAUUCAACGUCACUUGCAAACAAUAUUGGCAUCAUGCAGCUAUAAAGUGGAUGAUCAUAUAGCUGCUUCAUGGUUUAAAGCAGUACAGUGGCAAAUGGAUGAUCCAUUGUCUCCAGAAGGCAAUAUUUGGGCACCCCUCCAACCCCUUUCUGAAGAAAAUUGUUGCCAGCUAUGGAAGCACACAGAAGAUGCUAACCUGACUUCAAAGAUAGAUUUUAGUGCUAUAGAAACAGAGAAGAGGGAAAUUUUUCACGGUUUUUCCUCACUUUCUGAUGAGGAGUCAUCUCAACACCAGGGAAAUGGACCAAUAAUAAACAACCUGGCUGGAGCACUACAAGAAGGCCUGGCUCAAUAUUUGACAACCAGUACUGCUUAUCGGCCACCCAGUCUGGAAUCUUUCGAAACACUGGACAGAUCGAGCAGCAGUGAUGAAGAGAGUGACCAUGGGGAAUACAAUGAGAGCAGUGAUGAUGACAGUACAGAUUCAUGGGACAGUGGCUACUUCAGGGGAGUGACUUACCAUCAGGGCCGAAAUGAAAUUUCAUCUGAUGCAGACAUUGACACAGACACUGAUAGUGAAGAUGAGAGUUUAACAGAUGAUCUACGAAAAUUAGGUUUCCGAGACCUGGACAACAGAAUUCAACAAAUGGCAGUUGUUUGGGGCUACUGCAGUGAACACUUUGGACUUGAUCCAGACAGAGUACUUGAGGAUGAAUUAGCAGACCCUGACAUGCCUGGCGAGUGCUUAGUUCAUAAUAUUCUGGCUGUACGGAGAGUUUCUGGACUUUCAAGGAGGCCAUAAAUGGUGCUUCAU